AUGGGCCUUCGUAGCAUCGAGAACUCACCUAAAGAUCAAAGCGAAAAUUUGGAGCUUCUUGCGCGCAUCGAGCGUCGGCUGUGCAUACCUGAUGCUAACAACUUCAUCGCUAAUGAAGCUGAUUAUAAUGCAGAAGACUGUGAUCCGCCGUACACUCAGUUGUCACGCGAAUUGUGGUCUUUGAUACUCGAUGUAGUUUUCGCUCCACUAUGGCUACGCAUUCGCGCUGCGGAACUGCUUAAUAUGUGCUGCAACAUGCAGGAAUCAAAUUCGAAUGAUAUCGUCAAGAUAAAUACGAAAGAGACACAUAAACUUCGUGCGAUCGUGAGCUCCACGUGCCAGGCGAUGGAAGAGCUUGACGCUACGAAUUCCAAACAGGCUGAGCAGCUUUUUACGUGGCUUGAAUUUGUUGAGAGGGUGAUGCUGGCCACACACAGUGACGUUUGCGCCUACGUCUUUUGUAGAGCCAUGUACGUAGGUAUGCUGACCAAGAUGCUACGGAUAUUGUCGGCCUGUUCCACUCAAGUCUUUGCAGCGACAACAGUGUGUUUGGGGCUCUUUCACGAUCAUGAAAAAAAGUGUGGACGCUCUGUGCUGGUUAUGAAUGUUCUGAGAGAUAUGAAGGAAGGUACGGAGCAUUUAAGCGGAGCAUUGCUGCACGUCAUCAAUUCGUGUGGAUGUCCGUGUCCGUUAGAGAGGAUUGUGCAUCUGUGUAACACGCUGCAGUUGUUUGGGGAUAUUCUGGCAGAUGAGACCGCUGCGGAUUUAGUAUUUGUGAAUGACUUUAAAAUACUAAUUGACCUCGUAAUCCGAGAGUGCACUGAUCUGGCGCAGGAGGAUAUUGUACGACUCCACUAUUUAGUACUCCUGGAACAGGUUUUGGGCUCGCAACUUUAUCUGCAGACACACAUGUACAGGAAGUAUGAACUGUGGGGACUAUUAGAGUCACUUUUGGAUGCUGGGGCACGAGAAGAUUCAGAUAUGCCCAUGAGAGUAACGGAAAAGAUCAAGCAGAUUCUCGUGAAAUUUGCAGACUUGCUGGAUUAA